GGGAGUACAUAAACAAGGAGACUCGUAAUCAGCAGUUUAAAUACCCCUGAAAAUAUGCAGGCACGAGUCUUCGGGCUAUCGGUCCUCCCUCCCACCUCCAUUACAGCCUUGUCGACAUUCCCUACUUCUUUAAAUCUUUCUCUUUCCAACAAACGCCCAUUUCUGUGUAGGAGCAAGAAGCUAGAAGAUGAAGUCUUAGCUGGCCUCCCUAAAGAAUUCCAUGAUGAAGAAUGGCAAGCACGUCAGCGAGAGAAGACUAAAGAGUUGGAAAGAUUGCGCCAAGAGGAAGAUGAAGAAGAGGAAAGAAUAGUUGAUGAGUAUAGGGAAGUUGGAAUGCACUUGAAGAAUUUUCCUCAAGAAGAUGUUUUUAGGGCAAAGAAAUUGGUUUCCAGUUUCAUCAAAUCUGCUGAAGAGAUCGAAGAGAAAAUUGAGGAAGCUGCUGAGAAAGGUGAACUGAAUGAACUUGUUCUUCUGGUGAUCUGGACUCGUCUUGAUCUUGCUCGACGUGAUGAAGAAAAAGAUGCGAUAAGAAGUCUAGAUCUGUUAUACAGGCGUGUUGAGACAGAGAUCUUGAAGAGGCAAGCUACUCCAGCCAUGAGACUGCUGAAUGAUCUUUUAAUGAUACAUGAUGGAUAUGAUGAAGAAGGGUGGCUUAAAGCAUGUAAAAAACGCAUGAUCGAAACCUUCCCACGAGAAGAUCCCUUCAGUCUAUUGGUCCCCACAGGAUUUGAUCUUGAUAAGCACCAUGGUCCUCUGGUUAGAUCAGCAAUGGAGGCAGAUGAUCUUCUGUUACGUAUAGAUUUUAUACGCGAGGUGGACACGUUGCUUAAAGAAGUUAGGCCUGUGGAAAAAACCGGAGGAGGAUCAACACUUGAAGCUCUUGAUCCAGAAUCUGUUGCAAAGAGAUUAAAAGAACAAGAAAAGGGAAAGGUGAUUCGCCAAGUAGAGGCCCUUUUGGAUCUUGCCAUAAAAUUGACUUGGUAGAUUUAUAGCAGUAUAGCUUCGGAAGUAAUAGAUAAAACGAUCUUUCAAUUUUUUAUUUCCUUUUUUCAUUACAUGUUAGCCAGUUUUACACGUAUAUUUGUAGUAUCUAAUAUUAAGUCGUGAGUCGUGACAUCUCG